CCACAGCCGAUCAGUCGCAGCACAUUUGCUGGUGGUGUGAAAUUACGCAAAGAUACGCGGAACGUGAAGGCCGGUUUGGGUGACUGCAUGUAUUCACGCCGUGCUUCGCAGGAUGAGGGUGUGAAGAGUAAUUUCGGUGCCAGUCAAAGUCAAGAUGUACGCGUAAAAGCCAACAGUGCCUGUGGCUUGGAUCUGUCACAAGUUUCGUGGGACGGAACUGUGAAGAGUGGCUUUGUCAGCGAAGCUGGUGGUGAUGCUAUGAAUCUGCGGCAAGCUUCACAAGAUGGCAGCACGAAGAAUAGCUUUAUUGGUGCUGUUGGCGCGAGGGAAUGCAUGGGCAAUCCAGUUCAUAGUAUGCGGCCACCUGCUGGGAUUGACGGUGGCACCACCACAGGUAUGCAAUCCAUAAAAUUUGGUGACAAAAUUUUGCAGUUUUUUUCGUGA